AUGUCUGUCGUUGCAUAUGAGCGCGUCGCCUCGUCGUCUGAUAGCCGAGCUUCGUAUCGGCAUCAGUCUCAAGGCCAAAUCCUGACUCCCGACGAGCGGGACGGCGAUAUAGUGCGCGGCGCGAGCGCGAGCGAGACCGCCGCCCGGUGUCUUCGUCCUUUGAAAAGGGAAAGUGGCAGUUGGGCCACUGGCGAGAGUGAGAUGAAAAAAUGUCCGAAGGGCGAAACGGGACGCAGGUACUGCGCGGGCGCACGCCAGAAAGGGACGGCGAAUCGGAACCGGUUAAAUUUUGAAGGGCUUGAGACCGCGGUCCACGCUGAAGCUGCGCUCAGGCUUUUUUUA